AUGAUUUUGCAUCAUUUGUUAAUUUUGCUUAUUAUAAAUUAUUGUGUUGCUACAUCACCAACUAAUGGAUAUGCUCCUGGUCCGGUUUCUUGCCCAAGCAGUCAAUUGAUUAGAUCUGGAUCUCAGGGGAUCAAUCCAAAUGAACAAUCAUAUAUCAAUGCCAGAUAUCCUAUUGCCAAACAAGCAUUGUCUAAGUUUUUACACAAUGCAAACUUACAAAACUUUGAUGUUGAUUCGUUCUUAGCACACUCCAAUCCAACUAUUGGUCUUGCAUUCAGUGGCGGAGGGUAUAGAGCAAUGUUGACUGGAGCAGGUGAAAUCAGUAGCUUGGACUCAAGAACAAAAACCAAUACUCCAGUUUUAGCAGGCAUUUUACAAGCUUCGAGUUAUAUUGCUGGGUUAUCAGGUGGAUCGUGGUUAGUUGGAAGUCUUGCAAGUAAUAAUUUGAACUCUGUUGAUGACAUGUUAUCUCAAGGUUUGUGGGAACUCACACACUCAUUUCUUAGUUACUAUGGCAUUGAACAUCCUAUAAAGCAAGUUGAAGAAUGGGUUAAUGUUGGUAAUCAAGUUGCCAGCAAAAGAAAUGCAAAUUUUAACGUUUCUUUAACUGACAUAUAUGGAAGACUAUUAAGUUACCCUUUGCUCACAAACACAGAAGACGAAGGUGAUGCUUAUUUGUGGUCAGAUGUAACGAGUGCUUCAAACUUCCAAAGCCACCAAAUGCCGUUUCCAAUAUUGAUCAGUGAUGGUAGAGCUCCAGAUACUACCAUUAUUAAUCUCAACUCCACUGUGAUUGAAUUAACUCCAUACGAAUUUGGUUCAUGGGAUCCUAGUUUAAAUGAAUUUGUUGACACUAGAUAUUUGGGAACAAAAUUAGACAAUGGUCGUCCAACUGGUAAGUGUUAUAAUGGAUUUGACAAUGCUGGGUUUUUCAUGGGUACUUCUUCUGCUCUUUUCAACGAAGCGGUGUUGUCUAUCACUGAAGCUAACAUACCUAGCUUUUUAAAAGAUAUAAUUGAUGAUAUUUUGGUAGAUCCAAUUCUCAAGUCCAACAUAGACGUGUCUGCUUACAAUCCAAAUCCAUUUUUCAAAAGUUCUGGCAGCAAUACUGCUAUUUCUCAAUCAAAAAAUCUUUAUUUAGUUGACGGUGGAGAAGAUGGCCAAAACAUUCCAAUAAGUCCCUUGUUGCAUCGUAACGUAAGUGCUAUAUUUGCCUUUGACAAUUCCAAUGACGUUUUAAACUGGCCAGAUGGGACUUCGUUGGUGAAAACUUAUGAACGUCAAUUCUCAUCACAGGGUAAUGGUAUUGCUUUCCCAUAUGUUCCUGAUCAAUACACUUUCCGUAAUUUGAACUUGACUAGCAAACCUACAUUUUUUGGUUGCGAUGCAAAAAACUUGACUUCAUUGACAAAGGAUAUUUAUGAUGUUCCCUUGGUUAUAUACUUGGCAAAUCGUCCAUUCACUUACUGGUCUAAUACAUCAACUUUCAAAUUAACAUACGACGAUAACGAAAGACAAGGCAUGAUUUCCAAUGGAUUUGAAAUUGCCACUAGAUCAAGUGGAUCCUUGGAUGAUGAAUGGGCAGCAUGUGUUGGAUGCGCCAUCAUACGGAGAGAGCAAGAAAGACAAGGUAUUGAACAGACAGAACAAUGUAAGAGAUGCUUUGAAAACUAUUGCUGGGAUGGUACCAUCUAUAAGGGUGAGCCAUUAGGUGAAAACUUUAGUGAUGAUGGAUUAACUAAUAGUGCUACCGAAUAUAACCUGAAUAAUGUAGCUGGGUUUAAUGACGGAGGAACUCUGAUUUUGAAAAAGGCAUAA